CCGACGUAAAUUGUUUUGCUUCUGUUUGGACCACACCCUCAGCAUGGAUGCAGAAGUUGAGUUUUUGCGUGAUCAAGUCCACAGGUUAAAUUCAGCUCUCAGCCAGUAUCAAUAUGGACACCACACUCAAUCCACAUCAUCUCAGGUUGAGGAGGCAAGGCGGGCUGAGUCUCCUGCACCCUGGAUCUCAGACAGAAGUAUAAUGGCUCCUCUGAUAGCAGAGUAUGAUCGGCAUAUGGAUGAAAUGACGGAGCAACUGCAGAGAUACCAGAUGCAGAUGACAGAUGUCAAAGUGAAGUUGGAGAGGGUUGUCAAGGAGAACGAAAGGCUGCAUGCGGAGCUGAGGGAGUCUGUCGAGAAGCAGCUGCAUGCUCUGCCGGUGGCUUCAGGAGUGGAGGGCAGCGCACUGGAGGAGGAAGGAGUCAUCAAAAAACUCCAAGAGCAGGUCCAGCUGUCUGAACAGGAGCGGGUGCAGGCCAUGGAGCUGUGGCAGACGGCAGCCCAGGAGCUGGACCGCAUCCAGCAGGUCUACCAGAAAACCAUCUCUGAAGGACAGAUCCACGAUGCUCAGCGACAGCAGCUCAAGGAUCAGCUUGUUCAGUUCCAGCAGCACUCACACAAACUACAAGUGGCCAAUCAGAAACUAGAAUCGACUAACCAGCAGUUCCUGAAGACGGUAACAGAGCAGAGCACGGAGAUGGAGGAGCUACACAGCCAGCUCAGACAAGCCAAGGCUGAACUCAGGACAGCAACAGCCAAAGUGGAUGAGAUGACCAAAUUGUUGCAGAAUGUCCAGGACCAGAUGCACAGACGGGAGGAGGAUGUGGCAGAGGCUAAGGGCCGAGAGGAUGCAGCAGACAGACGCCUCCAACAGCUCCAGGCGGCCUUGAGCCAGCUAGAGGCCAGGCUAAAGGUUACAUCUCAGGAGGCAGACUCCUUUCGCAGAGAACAAACUGUGUGGGAGAGGAAGUUGGGAGAACUCCAGGCACGUUGCACCACCCUAGAAGAAGAGAAGUAUGAGGCUCUGGCCAAAGUCAGAGAGAGUGUUCAGGUGGCUGAGGAGGCUGCUCUGCAGAAGGACCAGGCCUUGUUAAGAGAGAAACAGAGGAUAGAGGAGUUAGAGAAGACAAAGGAGGCCAUCAAACAGUUGAUCCAGGAUGCUGCCGUCCGCACCAGAAAAGAGGUGGAAAAUGUGCGCAAGCAGUGCAACGUUCAAAUCCACCGUAUGGCCGAGGAGCUGUCUGCACUGCAGCUGGAGUGUGCAGAUAAAGAGUCUCAGAUUGAACGGUCCUUGCGGGAGAGAAAAGCUGCAGAGGAGGAACUGGAAAAGGUGUAUAAAGAAGGUAGGGCAGAGCCAGAGUUCAGGAAGAUUGAUGCCCUUCAUCAGAGGUGUCUGAAUGCAGAGAGGAUGAAGGAAGACAUGAGCCUCACUCUGCAAAGCACCCAGAACAAACUAAAAAAGAUGGACAUGGACUACAGUGAGGAGCUGUCCCGGUGCCAAGAGGAAGUGCAGCGGUUGCAGGGCUCUCUGACUGCAGUCCGGGACGACUGUGUUAGCGUCAGUGAGGAGCGACUCCACCUGCAACAGGAGAACUUGCAGCUCUGCAGGGAGAUGGAUGAGCUGCGAAAGGCCAUGCUGCUGGUCCAAAAGAAGGCCAAACAACAGGUGUCACAGGUGGAGCAGGAGUACAGUCUGAAGGAGCAGGGACUUGACGCACGGGUGAGGGAGCUGGAGGAGAGCAGCCGAAGCACCAGUGCUGAUCUGACACGCCUCCUCACAGCACAGCAGAAAAGUACUCAGCGCUGGAAAGAAGAAGCCAAGAACCUGGUCCAGGCCUUUGAGACUAAAAUCACAGGCCUCAAGGCAGAGCUGAAUCGGCAGAAGCAGCGUUCACACGAGCUGGAGAUCCAGCUUGAAACUGACCAUCAUACCAUUGCUGAGUAUGAGAGGCAGCUUGCAGAGUAUCAAGAGAAGACGAGUCGUCUCCAGAGACGACUGACACAAGCUGAACAAAGGGCAACUACUGCUACACAACAGCUGACUAUACUGGCAUCGCAGAGAAGGAAAACAGCCACGGUUGAUCCAUAGACUGUAUAAUGGUCACUCAUCACUGUGCUAUAGGACAAAUAAUGUUGCCACGUGUUAAGAGCACUUUGUUCAUUUUGGUAAGGUGAUAUCAACAUUUUGACCUAAGGCAUAAGACAGUUAUGCUGUUGUCAGUGCUCUGGUGAUUAAAUAGCAGAGGCAAGUUUCACUUUUUGUUUCAAAGGUUUUCUGGUGCUUUGUAUUUGUGAGGAUGGAAAGAUGUCCUCUAUGUAAUGUGUAAAAUGAACCUUUUUCUAAUGACAAAAUAAACACCCU